AUGCAGGUAACAAAGCCGCAGCAAUUAGUCCUGGCAGUGCUCGCAAUCGCGGCUGCCAGCGCCACAACAGACAACUGCACGUCAUGGUCCCAGCGCUUCAAGACGAAUCUCGAGGGCGUCUGCGUGUGCUCGGAAGCCGCGUGCGACACUGUCUCGAAUGACCACUUGUACCUGUCCAGCAAUGAGGCAGGUGUGUUUUCAACUUCCAAGUCAGGAGACCGCUUGACUUUUUCGACUGUUGAAUUGACUUCCAUCAUCGACAAUUCGGCAGACUUUACUAUUGACACCUCGAAGACAUACCAGUCGAUCAUUGGCUUUGGGGGUGCUUUUACCGACGCGUCAGCCAUCAACUUUGAUCUUCUGACUUAUACUCUCCAAGAGAGUCUCAUCAACGCGUACUUCGGAGACGAUGGGCUGCAGUACACCAUUGGACGCAUCCCGAUCGGCUCGACGGAUUUUUCGCUCACCAUUUACUCGUACAACGACGUGAAGGGCGACUUGGCCAUGGACAACUUCAGUAUCGACAUGGACAAGGCCAAGAAAAUCCCCUUCAUCCAGCAAGCAAUGAAUACGUCUUCUCGAAGCAUGAAACUAUUCGGAUCAUCGUGGGCACCACCUGCGUGGAUGACAACGGAGAACUCGACAAUCAACUGCGCCCUUUCAGGUUACCCAGGUGGUGAGUACUGGAAGGCUCUAGGGCUGUACUAUUCCAAGUUCGUGUCAGCAUACGAAGAUGAAGGGAUUCCACUGUGGGCCAUUACGACGCAAAACAAGCCCACGAAACAGUUCUCGUUCAAGUUAUGGCAGAGUUUGCGCUGCAAUGCCACAACCGAGCGCGAUUUCAUCAAGCGUGACCUGGGUCCCGUCAUGAAGGAACAACAUCCUGACCUCAAGAUUAUCAUGAUGGAUGACCAGAAAGACCUGCUGCUGGACUGGGACGCCACAUUGCUCGACAAGGACUCGGCACAGUACGUCUCGGGUGUUGGCGUUCACUGGUAUAAGAACCUCGACUUUUUGGCGGACACAGCAGGUGACUUCGAUGUCCUUGAGAGGUUCCACCAGCUCUAUCCUGACAUGUUCAUCUUGGCAACAGAGGCAUGUGAAGGCUACCUGAUUGACGGCAUCGGUACAGGUGCUGGUCCUGCUCUUCAGAAUCCCGCUUUCGCGUGGCAGCGUGCGCAAAUCUACGCGCGUGACAUUAUCUCCGAUCUAUCUCACUACGCCUCGGGCUGGACGGACUGGAACCUGGUGCUGAAUACGACGGGUGGUCCCACGUGGAUUGAAAACCGGGUCGAUUCACCGAUUCUUGUGGAUGAAGAAGGAGGCGCUGAGUUCUACAAGCAGCCCAUGUUCUAUGCCAUGGGCCACUUCUCCAAGUUCCUGCCGCCUGACUCAGUCCGUGUGGACCUGGCUACCCGAGCUAGUGUUUCUUCGAACCUAAGCCAAGUGGACAGCGUCGCAUUUUUGACCCCCGAACAACAAGUAGUGCUCGUUGUCUCCAACCGCGACAGCUCUGCGCGGAACAUCAGUGUGAGCUUAUUGAGCCAGCAGCUGAGCAGCAGCUUCACUCUGGAAGCGUUCACUAUCAAGACGAUCGUGAUUGGCGAGGUUGCACACGCUAGUUCCUCUGUCAUCAGCUCCGAUUCUGUUGCGGAGACGACGCGUAGUGCGACGACAGCGGAACGAGCUUCCGUGACCACAAGUUGUGGAACAAAGGGAACCAGCGUGUUAAGUUGA